AUUGUAGGCAGUAUUAAACAAGUGUCUUGCUCGCUUGCUAUAACAAUUGAGGACUUGGGUACAAGUUAUGAGCAGAUGUUAUAAAUAAUUCUUAUUUGUAAUACUCAUUUUUUAUUUCAUUUAAAUUAUUUUAAAUUAUUUUAAAUUUAAAUUAUUUUCGCAAAAUGCCAACAAAACAAACAUCAUUGUCCAAAGAGGAAUUUAAUAAUUAUUUUAUUCAUUCAAAUUAUUUUCGCACAAUGCCAACAAAACACAUAACAUCAUUGUCCAAAGAGGAAUUUAAUAAUUUCAUGGAAUCAAUUGACGUGAUUUUAUCAGAUUGUGAUGGUGUACUAUGGAAGGAAACAGAAGUAAUACAGUAUUCACCUGAGGCAGUAAAUAAAUUCAAACAAUUGGGUAAAAAAUUUUUCUAUGUAACAAAUAGUAAUACCAAAACCAGGUCUGAAUUUAUAGAAAAAUGUAAAAAUUUUAACUAUGAUGCAACACUGGAUGAAAUAGUAUGCUCUUCAUUUUUAGCUGCUAUGUAUUUGAAAGAAAAAAAAUUUGAUAAAAAAGCAUAUGUAGUUGGUAGUAUUGGUUUGACUAAAGAGCUUGAAGCAGAAAAUAUUAAACAUUGUGGCAUAGGACCCGAUGCCAUGGAUGGCGAUGAAGUGGAAUUGAUAACAAAUUUUAAGCCAGAUCCAGAAGUUGGGGCAGUUAUUGUAGGAUUUGACAAGUAUUUCAGUUUUCCUAAGCUUGCGAAAGCUACUACUUAUUUACAAGACACAAAUGUUGAUUUUAUUGGAACAAAUUGUGAUACAGAAAGACCUUCUCCAAAUGGCAAUAAAUUUCCAGGAACUGGAUGCUUUAUAAAAUGUAUAGAGUCAGCAUGUAAUAGGGCACCCGUGAUGCUUGGAAAACCAGAAUCUUUUCUAAUUGAAUAUAUAAUAAGGAAGUAUGGUUUAAAUCCUGCAAGGACACUUAUGAUUGGUGACAAUUGCUCGACUGAUAUUCUUUUUGGAAAAAAAUGUGGUUUUAAAACUUUAUUGGUAUUGACGGGUAUUACAACAAAAAAUGAAGUAGAUGCUAUGAAUACACCUACAGCAGAUUCUAAAAAUUUGAUAGUUCCAGAUUAUUAUGCAGAUGAAUUGGGUGAUGUACUAAAAAUGAUUACGUCAUCUUGAUAAUUUUGAGAAAGAGUUUCAGAUCAUUUCAAUA